AUGCUGGAAGGCUACAGCCCUGUGACCCAAGCCCUGCUGGGGACUCUCUUCACCUGGGGUCUGACCGCUGCCGGAGCUGCCCUGGUGUUCGUCUUCUCCAGCCGACAGAAGCGCAUCUUGGACGGAAGCUUAGGCUUUGCAGCUGGGGUGAUGCUGGCUGCUUCGUAUUGGUCGCUGCUGGCGCCGGCGAUCGACAUGGCCGAGGAGUCGGGGAAGUACGGCUCAUUUGCUUUCGUGCCCGUUGCUGUGGGAUUCACGCUCGGGGCGGCCUUUGUUUACUUCGCUGACCUGGCCAUGCCCCUGCUGGGCGUAGGAGCCGACCCCCACACUGCCUUGGCUCUGCCCCCCGACUCCAAACUGGCCAAAGAAAAAAUGGAGGAGCCGGCGUUGCAGCAGAUGGACUCAGACGAGAUGACCAUCAGGAUAGAUAAAAUAGAGAAUGGGGAUGUCUACCAGAGAAGAAGAGGACCUCAUUCUGGCAACGCAGAUGAACAGGAAACAGGAAGUAAACAACAGGAAGAGGUUGGGCAGACAGGCAGCAGCUGGCGGCGAAUUCUCCUUCUCAUCCUGGCCAUCACCAUCCACAACAUCCCAGAGGGCUUGGCUGUAGGGGUCGGUUUCGGAGCCAUAGGAAAGACUCCAUCUGCUACCUUCGAGAGUGCCAGAAAUUUGGCCGUCGGCAUUGGCAUCCAGAAUUUCCCAGAAGGCUUGGCAGUGAGCCUACCGCUCCGAGGUUCAGGGGUCUCAACAUGGACGGCCUUUUGGUACGGUCAGCUGAGCGGCAUGGUGGAACCUAUCGCUGGGUUGCUUGGUGCCAUUGCUGUUGUUCUGGCAGAACCCUUGUUGCCGUACGCACUGGCUUUUGCUGCUGGGGCGAUGGUCUACGUGGUGGUGGACGACAUCAUACCUGAGGCUCAAGUCAGUGGAAACGGGAAGCUAGCUUCCUGGACCUCCAUCCUGGGCUUCGUAGUGAUGAUGUCACUAGACGUGGGGCUGGGCUGACGUCACCAUGACGACCAGGGAAGACCCUCAGUGGCCAUGAUGUCAUCACAGUAAUGCGGACCUCAGUUUUAAACAAGGGACCAAAUGAAGUGUUUCUUUUGAAACGCUGUUUAUCCAUUUAGUUUUAAUUGUUUCUACUUGAACUUCAUCAGUGAUAUCACAGAGCUGUUUUAUAAACCGAGUUGUAAGGAUGAUUGUACUUGAACAUUUAUCUUUAAUGUGUAAUUUACAUGCUAGCAGUUAUCGCCUAAGAGCAGCUGACGUGUUUUUCAAUUGUCCAAUAUCUGAUAGAUGUUUCAUGAAAAUUCUUCUGAUUCCACAGCUGGUGAAUGUUAUUUGAGACGUUGCAGCUUUUUUGGUUCUUUAUCAAAAACGUUAUUUUAAGCAAACUUAAUUUCUGUUAUGAAGUUAAUGUGUUUUACUUUUUCCAGUUUCCUCAUCAUGGCAGUUCUUUGGUGCAUUUUCUUUGUUCGACUGUCACCAUCAAAAUGAAUGGAACGACAAAUGGGUUCGAAAACUUUAAUUAUCUUUUUAUUAUUAUUUCUUUUUAAAAAUUGAGAACAGAACUUAUUUCGCUUCAGAAUUAUAUUUUAAACGACAAAAAAAUAUUAAUAUUGAAAUUUUCUAUUUGUGUGUUUUGCACUUGUAUUUGCACUGUGGUGCCCAGAGGAGUCUAAAGCAAGCCAUGGACUCAGUCACACAACUACACUAGGCCUUUGUAUUAUAUAGCACAUUAAUACCAUGCAAUAAUUUCUUAAAAGGGGAAAUUAGCUAUAGAAACCAAAACCAUUCUUUGUACCCGGCUGUAAACAUGUUUAUUUCUGCUGUAAAGUUGGACAUUUUACCAUGGGGCUCUGUUGGGAUUUAAUCGCUUUUGAAACCAUCCUCUAGCGGCCAAUCGAGGAACUGCAAUUUUUUUCGCUGUGGAGGUUGCUGCUUGUUGUAUGGCCUAUAAUCUAUGGCUCUUAUUUAUAAGUAAUGUUCACAUUCAUCUCAAAAUCCUCCAAGAAAAGUGUGUCCAAAAAACCUCUUCUAUGUGUUAAUGGUACAGGUCAACCUCAAGUGCAAAACACACAAAUGUAAAAUUAGAAAAUUUAAGGGGUUUUUCAAUGUUUUUGUGUUGAAACAUCAAACUCUGAAACAACUACCAAAAAUGACCAAUAAAGAUUAGGGUUUAAGAAAAGUGAUCGAAAACAAUGGUGAUGAAAGUUUAAAACCCAUUUUUCAUGUGAUUCAUUUUGAUGUGCAGCUUGGAGUGAAUUGAACAAAGGACUGCUGCGAUUUAAACAGACCUGCAUGAAGGCUGGUGUGUGUUUUGGUAAUUAAUGGGACUGACUAGUGAUUACAUUUUGCUCACUUCAUUCCUACUUCUGCUGGCUAUCAGUGCAAAACAGCAAGGUACAGUUUGACUAUAAUGUGACUUUCUGACGCUGCGUGAUCUUCAUUGGAUCGUUUUUUUUGUUUGUUUGUUUCAGCAUCACAAACCUUUAUGAGCAUCGCUUUCAGUAAUUUGUUGACUUCUGCAGAUAUCCUAUAUCUUCUUCUGUAACAAACUGAAGAGAAAAAAAAACAACUCUGCAAUUCCGUCUGCUUCCAAAUGUAGUGCCUUCUUCUUCUCGGGCACAGUCUCUUGCCAUGUACAGGUCAGUCUGAGGAAUCACGUGUUGUUGUCCAUGUGGGGUUAUUUAAAUCGGUUUAACCAGAUAACACUGAAUUACACGUGGAAUAUUUAUAUAAUUAAACGACUAAAUGAUUCGCA